AUGUCCAGUCGCGAGCAUCGCAUCGCCAGCGCCGCCGAUAGUCUGAUCACCCACCUCGUUCCUGGCGACCCCGACGAAGACGACGCUGCUGCGCAAGAGAGAUAUGACAAUUGUUACGACCUCGUCAACGCCAUAAUCUCUGGCCCCGCCUCCCCCGCCAUCACCUCAGACGUCAAUCACGCCUCGGAGCUGAUACGAAGCAAGCUCAUCCAGAGCAACCCCAGCCAGGCCCUUCGCUUCGCCAACCUCUAUACCCGACUGCUAUCCCUCCCCGUUCUCAAUCAGAAGUGGGCCAUCCUCUACCUCCUCUACCAACUCUCCGACUCUCCAGACCCCGACGAACCUCUGCCCCUCAGCCCACUCCCACCCGCGCCGCGAGCCGCCAGCCCUCAUGAUGCAGCGAGGCGGCCCGACGUGGACCGCGUCUCCAAGACGUCGACGCCCGUGUCAAGGAUGGAGGACGAGGCCUUCAGAGAGGCAUUCGCCCAAGAAGGCCUGAAGAAGUUUCCGCCCCAAAAGGCCGCCAAGAGACCUGCGUCAGACGACGAAGACAGCACUGCCGAGAGCCCCAAGAGGAUUGUGGCCCUCAAGUCGACUCUGCUGGCAGACAACUACACCGAGAUCGAGCCUUCCGAGACGGCUCUGCUGCGCGACCUCCCCUUUACUCUGCAGGGACUGUCCUCUACCGCCCUUCCCUUCCCCAAGCAAGAUACCCUCACCCUGCCGCCUACCUUGCCUGCUCCCAUCAUCUCACUUCUGCACACCCUCGCCGAGCCGUCACUCCUCUAUCGCAACCUCGACGCCUUUGUCACGUCCUCCGCCGAAGGCCUUCUCCGCCAGAGCCUGCGCGCAGCCAUCAGCGGUGAGCUGCGUGCCUAUCUGAGCCUCGUUGCCACGCUCGAAGGCCAGAUCCGGCGUGCCCUUUCGACGCUCGACGAAUCCGCCCCUAGGGGCGGCAUCGGCAAGGCCGGUGUGACGCUUAAACGGUGUGUUGUUUGGACGAGGGAGGCCACCAUGGGCCUCCGUCUCAUGAGUCUCGUCGCAGAAGAGUCGGAGAACAAAAGGGGCGGUCAGCUGAUCUCCUUGAUCCACGGCUUUUCCGCCUCGCAUGGAGACCCCAUGGUGGCCGCUUUUGCAGAGAGGCUCCUCGCCCACGUUACGAGACCUUUCUACGACAUACUGCGCCGCUGGAUCUACGAUGGUGAGCUUCUCGACCCAUACUGCGAGUUCUUCGUCAAGGAGCCCAAGCAGACCGACGAGCCCAAGACAGCGGCCAGCAGCGUCUGGGAAGACAAGUACGAGAUUGACAAGGGCAUGAUUCCCAGCAUCAUCACCCAGGACUUUGCUCAGAAAGUUUUCCUCAUUGGCAAGUCCCUCAAUUUCAUCCGGCACAGCUGCGGCGACUCGCAGUGGGUGGAGAACUAUUCCAAAGACGCAUCCAAAGAGCUGCGAUACGGAGACACAGAGACACUGGAGGCCUGGAUAGACGAAGCGUACAAAACCACCAUGAAACGUCUCAUCGACCUCAUGGCCAACAAGUUCCACCUCUAUGAGCACCUACAGGCUCUCAAAGAUUACAUCCUUCUCGGCCAGGGCGACUUCAUCGCCCUGCUCAUGGAGUCCCUCGCCGCCAACCUCGACCGGCCUGCCGGCGCGCAGUACCGUCACACGCUGACCGCACAGCUGGAGCAUGCUAUCCGCGGCUCGAAUGCCCAGUACGACUCCCCCGAGGUCCUCCGUCGCCUCGAUGCCCGCAUGCUCCAGCUUUCCCAUGGAGACAUUGGCUGGGACUGUUUCACGCUUGAAUACAAGAUUGACUCCCCGGUGGAUGUCGUCGUUACGGAAUGGGGCAACCGACAGUACCUCAAGGUCUUCAACUUCCUGUGGCGCAUCAAGCGCGUCGAAUUUGCCCUGGCGUCUACGUGGCGCAAGUGCAUGACCGGCGCCCGCGGCGUCCUGCAGACGGGGGAUCCCAACGUCGUCCAGACGUGGAAGUCGACACGCGGCGUGCUCGCCGAGAUGAUCCACUUUGUCGGCCAGCUUCAGUACUACAUCCUCUUUGAGGUCAUCGAGUCCUCCUGGGGCGAGCUGCAGGACCGCAUCCACCGCGAAGGCUGCACCCUCGACGACCUGAUCAAGGCGCACACCCGCUACCUCAACGACAUUACCCACAAGGGACUCCUCGGCGCCAAGCGCACCGCCCGCCAGCAGGCCCCCGAGCUCAACCCCGCCGGCGAGGACGACCGCACCUCCUACCUCGCCCAACUCGGCGACCUCCUCCGCACCAUGCUCACCUACCGCGACUCGGUCGACGGCCUCUACUCCUGGUCCGUAUCGGACUUUACUCGGCGUCAAGAGGCCGACGUGCGCUUCUCCACCCGUCACGCCGCUGCCAAGGCUGCCGACGACGACGACGACGCCGCCGCCGCGCCUGGCGGCACCUCGGCCAUCGCCUCCGAGUUCCCCGCCCUCCACGACCGCCUGCGCCAGCUAGGCGCCUCGUUCCGCACGCGCCUGCAGAUCCUCCUCGGCGACCUCGCCUACCAGUCCGACGUCGACAUGCGCUUCCUUGGCGUGGCCAUGAACUUCAACGACGUCUACCAGCCCGCGCGCCGCAAGGCCAAGGCCGCACCCGGAUCAGCAGCCUCGGACGCAAAGGCGAGCACAUCGGGUGCCGCCGCGGGCAAGGGAACGAGGUAG